AUGAAAGAAAAAAAAAAUUUAGAAAAAAUUUGCUAUUCUAUUAUAAACUAUUUCUCUUUUCAGAAAAACAUUUACUAUACAAAUUACUAUAAUUUAAAGAAUAGAUUUUUUUUUAAGAAAAAUUAUAAACUUUUCUUUAAUACUGAAAAAUCAUAUAAGCAUAAUAUUACUAAAAUAGAAGAUGAAAAAAAAGAUAUAAAAAGAAAGGAAGAAGUAAUUUCAGAUGUCCAGAAUAUAAAGAAGUUUGAAUUAAUUAUAGACAACUGUACAGAAAAUGAAAAUGAAAAUCAAAAUCAAAACAUUUAUGAAGAAAAAAAAAAAAAGACUAUUAAUAAAGAACAAAAUUCAAAAAAAGAAUUAUGUAAGACAAAAAAAAAAUUAGAAGAAUCAAAUACUAGCAAUAUAAAAGAAGAAAUAAAUUUCCAAACUCAUCAGAAAAUCAGAGCUUCAGAAAAUUUUAAUGAAAAGACAAAGGAAGGAUUAGAGGAAGAGGUAAGAAAUAACAAUUCUGAAAAAAAGGUUAAUAAAUGCAAAAGUUACAAUGAAAAAGAAAAAUUUAAUAUAAUAAAAAAGGAAGAAAAUAAAAAAAAUGAAAAAAAAAACAAGGGUAAAACAAAGUGCAAUAAAAAAAUAGAUGAAAUAAAAAAAAAAGAUACUAAAAUUGUUAAAAAAGAAAAAAUUAAAAAUAAAGUAUUAGCAAGUUCAAGCAAAAACGAAAAUAAUAAUAAAACUUGUGAAAAUGGGAAUAGUAGAAAAAGUAAGAAAAAAAUUCAUGUAAAUGAAAUACCUAUAACUACAAAUUUCAACAAAGAAAAUUACUUUAAAGAAUUCCAACAAAUAGGAUUAAAAAAUAAUAUAGUUAUGUAUCAUUUGGAAAAAAUAGAAGACAUAUCUACUUUUGUAAAUAAUACUACAUCGUUAAAUUAUGAAAAUAUAUAUGCAUAUAACAACUUUUUAUAUGAAAUUUAUGAUAAAUUUUCUAAUUCUGAAAUUAAAAAGGUAAAAAAAUUAAUUAAGAAUUAUAAUAAGCUAACAAAAAAAAAUUUAAAAAAAAAAAUAAAAUAUUUUCAGAUAUUUUAUGAAUUAUGCCCAAAGGAAUACAAUCAAGUGCUAACAUGUUUAUUUAUUCAGUCAGUAGAUAUUUUAAAAUCGGAAGAUAUUAGCAACACUUUUUAUUAUGAUCAUAUUUUAAAUAAUAGUAAAGAAGGUGAAAAUAAUAGCAUAUUAGAAGAAUUUGAAAAUUUGGAAACCAAUAAUGAUGAUGUUGGAAAAAGGGAAAUGGAUACACAUACAAAUUAUAUAAAAAAUCCAUAUAACAUAAGUAACAAAAGUGUUUAUGAAAUAGAUGUAAACUUUGAAAACAAUGAAACAAAAAGUAUCAAUGAAAAUAAUUUUGUAAUAGUGUAUAAUCUUCCUAUUAUAAGCUAUGACUUACUCAUUGAAGAAUUAAAGGAAACCUUUUCAUUUUGCGGAAAUAUAAAAAAUGUAGAAUUUUUUAGUGAACGUUUAAAAACAGUAGACUUAAAUUUAUUGAAUAAUGAAUUAAUUUCUGAAAAUAACAAAAAAAGAAAUGACAAUAAUAAUAUUAAUAAUCAUAGUAAUAAUAAAAAUCUUAAAAAUUCUUUAAACCCAAAUAGUUAUACGCAUUUAUAUGCUGUUAUAGAAUUCGAAAAUGAAAAAUCUGCGAAUUUAGCCACUGGUGAUUUCAUAAGAAUUUUUGGUAUUUUUUGCUAUAACAAAUUAAUAUAUGUUGAUAAAUGUGUAAAUAAAAAGAUCAUGGUUAUAACUCAUUUACCUUUUCAUUUAAAUAUAUAUAAUAUUUUAUACUUGUUAUUAAAUGCCUCUUUAUAUGAUAUUGAUGUGUUUAAUAUUAAUGAUGAAUUUCACAAUAAAAAACACAUUCAAAAUGAAAAAUUAAACUUAGAUUCUAAAAAAAUUGGUAAUAAUCUAAAUAAAUCAGGUGAAGAAUACAAAGAGCAUUUAAAUAAAGAAAGUGAUAAGGAAAAUUUAAUAAUUUUUAAAGAGAAUACUUAUGAUACUAAUAAAGAAAAUUUAAAUGAAAGUUUUGAAGAAAAGAUAAACGAAAGUAGUACAAAAAAUUUUAACGAAGAUUACACAAUAAAAAAAGGCACCUUUACUUUAAGAAAUAGUAAUGUUAAAAUUGAAAAUACCAAUUCUUUUUUUACUUCCAAUUAUAUAAAUAAUUCUGAUAUUUAUAAUUAUAUAUAUGAAAUUUCUAAAAAAAACUUUAAAAAAUUUGAAGAAGAAAAUAAACGUGAAUUAGAAACAAAAAUAAAUGACAACAGUAGUAAUGAAAAUAAUUAUGAAUCUUUUGUUGAUUUUUACCAAAGUGAAAAAAAUAAGAAAUUGAAAACAAAAAAAGUAAAUAUUAAUAAUAAUGGAAGAACAUUAAUUUUGCAUUUUGAUAAUUUUAAAAAUUUAUUUGAGUGUUUAAAGAAAUUCAAAUAUAUUUUUAAAAAUAAAAGUUAUAUGAUAUUUUCCUUAAAUUUAAGAAGAUGCAUGUAUUUGAAUGGUAUGAUUAAAGAUCAUAUCUUCAUUAAAAAUUCAGAAAAUAAGAUUGAUUUAAAGAUUAAAGACUAA